AUGGCGAGUCUUAGACGUCGCAUUUUAGCAGCUAGAUCGACACCCACACAUUGGUUUAUUCGACACUUGAAAGAACGAGGAAAACUACUCAGAUGUUACACACAAAAUAUUGAUGGAUUGGAGGAGCAAGAAGGACUACUGAUUGGUGGUCUAGGCUAUGGAUUAGAGACAAUCCCUAUUCAAGCAGCAGAAGUGGUGCAACUUCAUGGAGAUAUCAACAGUUUAAAAUGCAUGUCAUGCUCUACCAAAUACUCUUGGACACCCGACACUGAAGAGCAAUUAAAUAGAGGAGAGGCCCCGAUUUGUCCUAAUUGCAAUCAAAUUCAGGAAGAAAGGACCAGUGCCGGUAAGCGAUUUACUGGAGUGGGCUGUUUAAGACCCAAUAUAGUUCUCUAUGGAGAAGAGCAUGCUGAUGGUUACUCAAUAGGCGAUUGUACAGUCAAAGAUAUAAAAUCCAAACCCGAUUUUCUUAUCAUUUCAGGAACUUCGCUUAAAGUAGUCGGGAUUCGUAAACUAGUUAGGUGCAUGGCAAAGGCAGUGAAAGAAAAAGGCGGUCUUGUUAUCCUGGUAAAUAUGACUGAAUUAGGACAGUCCAUGUGGAACGAUCUAAUUGACUACUAUAUUGAGGGCCAGUCGGAUGCGUGGGUCGCUGAUCUCAAGAUUCAAGUACCAGAUUUUUUCCAGACUCAAACCAAAAUUACUGGUAUGUCUGUCAAAAAGGGAGUUCCUGGGAUGGUGGGGAAACUCCCAAGUUUCAAUAUGCCUUCACCACCAAGCACUCCGAAGAAAGUCAAGCGUCCUGCAGACAGCUCUUGGACAUCCAUGACUCCCUCAAAGCACACAAGAAUGGCCUCUUCAUCACCGAGUAAACCCAGGACCCCUUCUACUCCCCGAGUUUUACGUACUCCACGAACCAAACGAAUCCAACAAGGCAACCUCUCUUUUGAGGUCAUGCUUCAGCCAGAAAAUCGUACACCCUUGGCAACUCUAUCUGUCAACCGACAGACAGCCAGGUCGCCCACCAGGGCGGGCAAGUGA